CAACAAUAUUGUAUCAUGAUAUAGGUCCGGCAUCUGUUGAAAAGAAUACACAAUAUUACUCAGCUAUGGCGGAAGUGAGGGGGAUGUCAUCAACCGAAACAACUUCGAAUCCUUCAGCGUUAAUGGGUGCACCUGCGUACGAAGAGAUGGCUCCAAUAGGCAAGAAAGAGGAACAGAAUACAUCACAAGUUGCUGCUUCAGUGUCUCCAGCAUUAGUGGGCGCAUAUGUGUACGAGGAGAUGGCUCCAUUGGGAAAGAAGGAGGAACAGAAUGCCGUUGAUGCUGCAGUGUCUCCAGCGUUAAUGGGUGCAUCCAUGUACGAAGAGAUGGCUCCAUUAGGCAAAAAGGAGGAACAGAAUAAAUCACAAGUUGCUGCUUCAGUGUCUCCAGCAUUAGUGGGCACAUAUGUGUACGAGGAGAUGGCUCCAUUGGGAAAGGAGGAACAGAAUGCCAUUGAUGCUGCAGUGUCUUCAGCGUUAAUGGGUGCAUCCUUAUACGAAGAGAUGGCUCCAUUAGGCAAGAAGGAGGAACAGGAUACAUCUCAAAUUGCUGCUCCAACGUCUACCAAUAUGUACCAACCACUGGAUCCUGCUGGCGCGACAGAGCAAUACCAAAGUAUAACUGCUGCCCAGGCUGGGAGAGUACCUACUGAGAGCAUGACGUCACCCAAGCAUACAUCCAUGGAUAAAGAGGCAGCACCAGCAAGCAAGAUAGAGCAAUACGAAACACUCACUCUUGACGUUCAACGGAAGAACAUGGAGAACAGGACACCAAACUCUACACCAAUGCCAGCAAAUACUACCAGCGUCUACCAGACAGUAGGAGAUGGAAGUCAGAAGGAGCAAUACCAAUCACCCAUCUCUGAUGUACGCCGGUCAGUAAAAGACAGUGCCUCCAGCAGUGCACCUACAGCAUCGGCUCUUGGCCAGGACGUGAAUGUAAUGAACAAACAGGGACGAUACCGAUCGCGAGGUGCUUCUGGCCGCUUACCAAGAGCCACACAGUCAAAGCAAGUGUCUGGACAAGCCCAGAGAAGCAAGUUGACGCAAGAUACUCGAGAUGUUAGGACAGUGUCCCUUUCCUCUGCAACUAACCAGCCACCCAACAGGGGAUCCAAUGCCUCACCAGCAAACGCUCGAAGCGCUGUCUAUCAAGCUCUAGGAACAGAACACCUUUAUGAAUCGACUACAGUUCCCAAGCCCAGCAACACAAUGCAGGAAGUUGGCCUUGCAGCAGAGCCCACAGGCGAUUACCAAGCAAUACUGGCAGCAUACGUGCAAACGUCUGAGUACGAGCAGCCACGGACGCACGAGAAAUCACCAUCAUGAAUACAGUGUGUCAUCAUCCUGUCGGUGGCAAUGAAUGAACUAUUGGCAUGAGCUGUGUAUGAUACACACACACACACUGGCAAGCUCAUAUCCAGUUCGUGAUUUUUAAUGUCUGCAUAUGGCAAAGCUGGAUGCACCACAGUUCUAUUGAUGAAGAAGUGUAGGGAUAGUGCUACAAGUACAACAGACGUUUUGAUAGAACACAAUUUUACUUUGGUGUGAACUGAAACUGGCUUCUUCAUCGCGCUCAUAUCGACCAGAAUAUAGAGAUAUGGAGAUGUGGAGAUUGCUUGUACGCGAGUGCUACACUUCUCUGUGGUACAAUUUUUAACUAUGCUAGUAGUCAUUCCGAAGUAGCGACUUCGGCUGUGAUAGAGGACGAAGUCGCUGGUUGAUCCUA